CUACUAUAUCACCCAAGUCAGAACUGUCCAUGUAAGUGGAUCUGCUAAAGGAAAUCCGUAAUAUAUUGCAUUACGUACUGUCAUUCUCCCGGGAAAAGUUUUCUGGUACAAGAGCUCAUUGCCCAAAGGGUAGGCCAAUCGACAGCUGCAAAGCUUCAUUCAAGUUUACGUUUUGACCAAUUGUUGGAGCGAAUGCAGGGGAGACAUGGCUGGUAAAUUAAUACUGUAUGUAGAUCCUGUUUCUCAGCCAUCUCGAGCUCUUUCACUGCUAUGUAGAGCCAUCAGAGCUCCUCACCAGGAGAUUUAUAUUAACCUUAUGAAAGGAGAACACAUGAAGAAGGAUUAUAUGGCUGUUAACCCAUUUAGAAAAAUUCCAGCUGUUAAGGAUGGUGAUACCCUUAUUCUUGAAAGUUGUGCAGCAUUGAGAUUUAUCGCCAGCAAAUAUGAUUCAUCUGACUUGUGGUACCCAAAGAACUUAGAUGUAAGAUGCAAAGUUGAUGAAUAUCUGGAUUGGCAGCAUUUGAACACCAGAGUGCAUGGUGUAGGUUACUUUCGAAAUUUGGUGUUGCUUCCAGCACUCAAGAGGACAAAGCCAGAUAUGCAACUAGUCAAUCAACACAAAAAAGAACUAAAACGAGUUCAGAAUGAUUUUUCUAAGCAUUUUCUUGGGUCAAAACCCUUUAUCUCAGGUGAUCACAUAAGUAUUGCUGACCUUUUAGCAUCUUGUGAAUUCGAACAACCUAUAGCAGGAGGCUUUGAAUUUUCAGAAACAAUAUUGAAUUUUAUUGACCGAGUGAGAGAAGAAGUUGGUCCCGAUUAUGACAAAAUUCAUGCCACAAUUAGAGAGACUACCAAGCAAUUGAUGCAGUGAUAUUAACACUGGAAAGUUGUCUUUGGUGUUCUAUUCUAUACAAAGUAAUGUUUUUUUUCUUAAUUGGACAUUGAUAUUAAUAAGAAGAUUUAUAUGUACAUGAUAAAUUAGAUUUGUUAAUACUAAUAUGUAUUUAUCUUAAAAUCUUGAUACGGAAGUUAGUCUGAGUCCCUUUGAUUCUGAUAUUUUAGAAAAUGAAUUUGCUACACUAUAUCCCAGCUACCUCAGGCAUAAUUGCCAUUUGUAAUUCUGUAUAUAAUUAUGCAAGUGAUAUUCUGUUAUUGAGUGAGAAGUAUGUCUGUUUUUGUUGGGACAGAUUACUGAUAAGCAUGUGAAAUUUCUGUAUGAAAAUGUACAUAUAACAAGCAUUUUGGGUAAGUUAGAGAUUAUUGUAGUAUUUAUCGUGACUUGCCCAGAUUUUACUGAGCAAGAUGGAAUAAGAUAAUGUCAUGUAUAAAUAUUAAAUGAUGAUAUUCCUGUUA